CUGGUCGAUCUAUGGUCAGUACACGCUGCUUCCUACAGGGGGGCGGGUGUGACUCGACUCAACCCGGAACUUUAAAUUAUCAAUUACUUUUUUGAAAUUUGUUAAGACAUUUCUCCGCCUAGGGGAGCCUUCUCCAAGAUUGCUCAAAUUCAAAAUAUAAUUCUCACGGAUUAUUGUCGUCCUUUCUAGGGAGGGAUUGCAAAUGCUUCCAUUCUCGAACUCUGGGCUUUCGCGAGGACACUAACUUCUAUUUUCAAAAAGAAACUUAGGAGGACACCUAUAAACACACUUCAAGAUGCCGCAACAGAAGGAUAUCGUGAAGAUUGCCAUCCAGAUGCCAGGGGCAUACCCUCAGCUCAUUCAACUGGACCAGAAAAAGCCCCUUUCUGCCGUAAUAAAGGAGGUUUGUGAUGGGUGGAAUCUUCCGGGCCCUGACAACUACUCCCUCCAGUAUGCCGACGGUGUUCAGACCUACAUCACUGAAUCUAACCGUCUGGACAUAAAGAAUGGCUGCAUUCUCCGUCUGACCAAGGCACCGGGCCGUUGUGCCGAGGACCUCUACAAGGGCAUCCAGAGCUCCGACUCAGACGUGCGCUGUGAUUCGCUGAAACAGCUGGCCUGCGUGUCUACUGAUGUCACGUUUGCUCAGGAGUUUAUCAGCCGUAAUGGCCACUCUCUGCUGGUGAAGAUCGUAGAGGACGCUCACGAGGCCCCUCUGAUCAUGGCCCACACACUGACAGGCUUCAUGGAGCUGAUGGAUCAUGGGAUUGUAUCAUGGGAGAACCUCUCUGCUGUCUUCAUCAAGAAGAUUGCCAGCUUCGUCAAUGCCACGGUGCUGGAUGCAUCCAUCCAGCAGGUGUCCCUGGCCAUCCUGGAGAGCAUGGUGCUGAGCAGCAGCAGCCUCUUCCAGCAGGUCAAGCAGGAAGUCACUCUAGAGAGACUGCUCUCACAACUGCAGGUGACAAACCAGCAGAUUCAAACCAAAGCCAUGGCCCUCCUCAUGGCUCUGCUACAGACAGCUGGACAUGCAGACAGACAGGAGCUGUUUGUCUUCCUAGGGAAGAAAAAUCUUCGACAGUACAUCUAUAAGAACAUCAUCCAUAGUUCUGCCUCCGUGGGGGAUGAGAUGGCCCAUUACCUGUACGUCCUCCAGUCUGUCACUCUGAACCACCUGGAGCCUCGCAUGAGGAUGCCCCUGGACUCCUACAACCAGGACCAGAGGGAGAUUCUACACGGCCUGCGGCAGGCAGCCUUUGAGACGGAGAGUGAGAACAGCUUGAGUCAUGAGCAACGACGCUCUCUCUGCGCCAAGGAGUUCAAGAAGCUGGGCUUCUCUAACAACAGUAACCCAGGUCAGGACCUGCUCCGGGCCCCUCCAGGACUGCUGGCCCUAGACACCAUGGCCCACUUUGCCUCCUGCUACCCCGAUGCCUACAGCAGGUUUGUUCUGGAGAACAGCAGUAGGGAGGAUAAGCACGAGUGUCCAUUCGCCCGCAGCAGCAUCCAGCUGACUCUCAUCCUGUGUGAGAUCCUAAGCAUCGGAGAGCCCCCCUCAGAAACAGGUUCAGACUACCACCCCAUCUUCUUCGCUCAGGACCAGCUGCUGGACGAGCUCUUCUGCAUCUGCAUCCAGCUGCUCAAUAAGACCUGGAAGGAGAUGAGAGCCACGCAGGAGGACUUUGACAAGGUAAUGCAGGUUGUGCGUGAGCAGAUCACCAGGACUCUGUCCAGUAAGCCCACGUCUCUGGAGCUGUUUAAGAACAAGGUGAAUGCUCUGAACUACAGUGAGAUCAUCAAACUACGCCAGACGGAGCGGUUGCACCAAGAAGAGACCCUCGCCCCGCCUGUAUUAGAGCUGAAGGAGCGUCUGAGGCCAGAGCUGUUGGAGCUGAUUCGCCAGCAGAGACUGAACCGUCUGUGUCAGGGAACCCUCUUCCGCAAGAUCAGCAGCCGACGCAGACAGGAUAAGUUGUGGCACUGUCGCCUGUCGCCCAAUCACAAAGUCCUGCACUUUGGCGACGUGGAGGAGGACACAGAAACACCCACCAUCGAGAGUCUCCAGGAGAAGAUUCCUGUGGCAGAUAUCAAAGCACUGCUGACGGGGAAAGACUGCCCUCACAUGAAGGAGCACAAGGGCAAACAGACCAAGGAAGUGUUGGCACUGGCGUUCAGCGUCACGUAUGACGUGGAGGAGUACAGCCUCAACUUUAUCGCCUCAUCCAGAACAGACUUCUGCCUGUGGACGGACGGACUGAGCGUGCUCCUGGGACGGGACAUGAGCAGUGAGUGCAUGAGGAGCGAGCUGGAGACCCUGCUCUCCAUGGAGAUCAAGCUCCGCCUCCUGGAUCUGGAGAACGUGCCCAUCCCAGACAGCGCCCCGCCGGUGCCCAAACCCCCCAGCAACUUCAACUUCUGCUACGACUUCAGCCAGGCUGAGCAGUAGGCCAGGGCACGGCAGGGCAGAGGAGUAGACCUGGGCCCUGUUCAGGAGGAUGUAACGUUACAGAAUGCUCAGCUAGAAAUGUGUGAAUUAGAACAGAUAUGGUCUUGUCGUCUGUAAAAUAGGCAAUUGUGUCAGCUCCAUUCAUUAUAUUUCUAUUUGCAACGUUCCGAAUGUUUCAUGUCAUUAAAUGCACCCUAGUAACGACCAAGCCUGUAGACAUCUACACGGCAGGAGUGGACAUGGAGGACUGGAUCGACAAAUCUAAUGCGUAGGCGAAGGUUUCAUCUUAUAUGAGCGGAAUCGAGGCUGAAGACGAUUCCUUGGGUUCUAUAGGAGCGGUCAUCUUUUUGGGUGUGGUCUGGUCACACAAGUGUAUUGUAACUGUACAGUGGGAGUAUGUUUUCUGUUGGAUACUUGAGGCUUUAGCUUUACUUCAGUCCCCCUCUCUGUGGCUCCAGUCCUCCACGCUCCUCUGUGCAUUGUCUUUAGGCGGAGAGUUCAUGUUUCAUUUUUGUCAUAUCUAUGUUUGUUUUUCUACUUUCCUCGGGUGGGAUUUCUUUCAACUGAAAGCUUUGUGAGGCAGGAUGCAUGACAGCCCUUCUGAAGGGCUGUCAUGGAGUAUAUACUGUAUACCCCAUGGUGGGUAUAUGCUGUAUAUGGCUCGGAGAGAGAAUCCCUUGGAUUUCUGACAUUGUACUUACCGACCUACUCAAACAGAAUCCCUACUCCCUGUUCUAAAGUGGUACUUUAAUGAGUUGACGAAACAAGAAAACAUACUCCGGCUCCAAGCCUAUUGAAAUCCCUAUUUAUAAUAUAUUAAAUCCUCUUUUUAAGUGUGUGCAGGUAGUAUUUGAAUGAGUUCCAUUGGCUCACGAGGAGCACUUUUAAAUAGAAUAUAGAAGGUCGUUAGGUUUGAUGGCUGUUGUUCAAACGGUUCUCUUAGGCAAUGGGGUGGGUUUUAUUGCGCGAAGAACUUGAUCAACGGUACAGCCAACUGACAUAUUGUUUUUAUGGUACAUUUAACAGAUGACGUAGCUAAGGUACAGAUAACUGAUUUCGCUACAAGCACCAUAUGUAUCGCUGCUAUUAAUUGUUGGCCUGGUAAAGUUUUUUGCUUCAGUCAAAGGCAAUUAUAGGUACAUUAUGAAUUUCAGGCCAUAACAAAUAUUAGUUUAAUAUUGAUGUUAUUGUAGGGUACUUUAUUUUCAUGACUGGAUGAUCCUGACAGAUAAAUCUGACCUCAUCAAAUUGAACUAAUAUACUGUACAACAGUAAAUGAUGUAUGAUGGACCUUCCAACUCUCAUCGGCCAAUUAAUAAUAAUGGGUUUUUGUAGCCGGCUAACAAUCAUAAAUUCAAACGUUGAUUUUUCCUUAGACAGUAAACUGGGUUUAGCUGGAGUUUGGGGUGAUUUUGCUACUCAUUACAUGUCUGUUCAUGUUAAAACACCCAAUCUCCAUGGUAACCCCUAACUUAUGCUUUACUGAGAUCAGGGUUGACAUGAAUAAAUAUGAUUUAUACAAAU